AUGCGGCAAGACGCGAUGCACCCUGCCCGUCGCACUCUUACGGAUGAUUACACAGAUGCUUGGGAACAGCGCGAGGUUGUUGGUGGUGCAGUGACAGACGCCCACGUGGAGCCCGGCGUCUGCCAGCACGGCACAGAAUCUAGAGGAGGCGGCUGCAUCCAAGGGCGAGCAGGACGUGUGCGGCGGAGGCGCAAAAGCAACGCUCGCGGGCGACGCCGUGCAGCCCAGGGCCAGGGCGGAGGAGGCUGGAGACUGGUCCUGGAGGAGCGCACAAGUGCACUCAUUCCAACAGCCCGGGACAGGGCAGUGCGAGAGAAGGCGACGGGGAACAGGACCCGCGGCUCGGCGGGUCGUCGAGAGUUCCAAAGGCCUUCUGGCGCCGGGCGGGCGAGUCACGCAGGUCGGUCGGCAUGGCUACGGCCACGGCUGGUGCUGCUCGGGCUGGUCGUCAGCGUAGGCACUCACACGGGAGCCGUGUGGCCGGCCGUCGCUGACACGGUCUCAUCUCAGCCCAAGGUCAUCGACAAAAGAGCCACACCGCCGCGCGCCCGCCCGCGUGGGAUGGGACUGUGCCGUGAGAUAUCACCGGCGAGGGAGAGUCGUCAGCCGUGCGGGCGCGCUGUCUGCUCCGUCGCCGUUAGCCAGCGUCUAGCGUUGCUGCAGCACCCCUGGCUAGCAACCCUUGUGCUGGGACUCAGCUGCAGAUCCAUGCUGCACAAUCUGGCAAAGGGACUCUCUCGGGGCUGUUUCAACGUGUUCCCUGCCGCGCUGCAUCGGGGCCUGUCUCCCGGCACGUCAUGGAGUCGCGCUUGGAUACCAAAAGCACUGUCGCUCAUUUCCAUUUGUCUCGUCGCUGGCCCAGGCGAGAGAGUCAGUAGACAGGCCCCCUUAACGAGCGCCGCCUUUAUAUGAGGAACGCCAUGCCCGGCCGGAAUUUCCUGCCUUCACUAUUCCACACUCUCACACUCCUUGACAGGCACACAGUGUCCUCGGUCCUAAUAAUUACCAGCGCUGCCCGGCUGUAGUCUCUGGAACACGACCCUGUACACGUAUCCCAACCAACACUGCGCCUUUGCUGCCGACACAUCACUCUCGCUCGCUGUCCCUUUUCUUGUCUGCUCCCUCGCACGCCAGAUCACACGUCUGACGCCACGCUCUCGAUCCCUUCUGCACUUUUAUCCGUGAGUCAAUCCCGCCCUGCCGGGUGUC